UACCCCUUCGAUUCAUUGAUUUUAAUUUUCAUGCUUCCAAAUUGAUUAAUUGAUUCGAGAAAGGAGAAUAAAAAUUUCAUGGGUUCUUGAUUUUGCAAUGCAAUAAAUAAUCUUUCGUGCUAUAAAGGCCGUGGAGUGACGAAUUAAUUAGUUAUUGUUAGAAGAAAACACGAACGCAUAUUCGUCAAAGUAGUUUCGGUUUGUAUUUGAAAUCUGAGGAAAAACUUCGAGAGCAAGCGAGGGCAUUCGUUCAUUCUUCCGCCCUGUUUCAUCUUUUCGAUUCUUUCUCUCUGAAAUCUGUGUUUCGGUAGCAAAAAAAAAAAAAAAUGUCGCAGAACGAAGAUCAUAUGGAGGAUACAGACGGAGACUCGUAUCAGCAGGUGAAGCAGACGCUGAUGGAGCGAUCCAAGAAAAUGGCGCAAACGAAGGAGAUGCUAUCCAAACAAGCCGUUCAGACGAAGGAGAUCUUAUCCAAACAGGCGGUUAAGAUCGCUAAGCAGGCCGAAGAACACGAGAGGUUCAUUAACAAGGUUACCCACCUGCUUGGAGUUCUUGGUUUCGGAGGAUUUUGCUUCCUUUUAGGAGCGAGACCACAGGAUAUUCCAUAUGUAUAUUGUUUGUUCUAUGUCACCUUUGUCCCUCUUCGGUGGAUAUACUAUCGGUUCAAGAAAUGGCACUACUACCUUUUGGAUUUUUGCUAUUACGCAAACACAAUUUUCAUCAUUGACCUUCUUAUGUAUCCAGAAAAUGAAAAACUUUUCAUGAUUUGCUUCUCAUUUGCAGAGGGACCACUAGCAUGGGCGAUCAUAGUUUGGCGUUGUAGCUUGGUUUUUAGUUCUUUUGACAAAAUAGUUAGUGUACUCAUACAUCUAAUUCCUGGUUUGGUUUUCUUCACCAUUCGAUGGUGGAAUGAGGCCACAUUUGAAGCCAUGCAUCCCGGAGGAAGUUCCCGCCGAGCUUCAUGGCCAUAUGUAGAAGACAAGUCAUACUUAUGGACAUGGCUGUUUGUGGUUCCCUUGGUUGCUUACACUCUCUGGCAGAUUCUUUACUUUCUCAUUGUCAACGUGCUGCGUCGUCAAAGGUUCUUGCGAGAUCCUGAAGUCAUGACUUCUUACAGAGAACUGUCCAAAAGGGCACAGAAAACAAACAAUGUAUGGUGGAGAUUAAGUGGUUUGCUUGGAGAUCAGAAUCGUCUGUUCAUGUACAUUUUGUUCCAGGGCAUAUUUACGGUGUUGACGAUGGCAUUGACUGUUCCAAUCUUCUUGUCGUAUCGGUUGCACGUGGUUUUCCAGCUGCUAAAGGUUUCAGCUGCCGUUUGGAAUGGGGGGAGCUUUUUGUUAGAGGUCAUGCCAAGGCAGGUGAUUCUGAAGGAAAAAAAGAAAUCGGAGACACAGCCACAUCAAGACGAUCAAAUUCAGCCCUCAGUUAUCGCUAACGGGACCACGACUGACUGCAAUCCAACGGAAGCAUUGCAGUCUUAGCAGUGGCUGCUGCCCUUAACUGUUACGCUCUCAUGGUGUACCACGUACCAGUAUUGGUUUGAUAUUUUUUGUCUCAGAUAUGUUAGGUUUUGGCUCUGAUCAUAUUUCAAUAUAUAUUCUUUUUAACCAAGAUGAUUGUAAGUUAAAGUUCUAUAUUACAGGUUUCUAAAUCAUGUGCUAUUUCGAGGAAGUCAAAUAGCCGUUUUUGCUGA